CUUACGUCUUUACUUCCUAAACCCUAAACGGUUAAACCCUCCCUAAACCCUAAACUAUUUUCCCCUCUCUCUAACACUUCUCCUCUGCAACUUUGCCAUCACUUCUCAGUUCAAAGUUGUGUUUUUUUCAACCUUUUGCUCGAAGUUUACAACUUUGGCCUUAAAUUAAGUCAAUGGAACACGGUUCAUUCGAAGAUCAAUCAAAAGCAACAUUCUCGUUGACAGAUGAGGACCAUACACUGGCAAAUGCUAUCAGAUACACUCUAAAUCAAGAUCCCCGAGUAACAUUCUGCGGUUACAGCAUUCCACAUCCUUCUGAUGCUCGAGUUAACAUAAGAGUUCAGACUACUGGUGAUCCAGCAAGGGAGGUAUUGAAUGAUUCAUGUCAGGAUCUAAUGCUUAUCUGCGAGCACGUUAGAGGCACAUUUGAUCAGGCUAUUUUAAAGUUUAAAUCUGGAAAAGGUCUGAGCGCUAUGGAUAUCAAGAAAUGAUUGACUAACUAUAUAGCCUUCUGUCCGUGUGAAAUUUUGUCACCUUUUGCAAACACAGGGAAAAAUUUAAAUGUUGUUGCUUCAUUUAUUUGGUGCACAAAGUUGCUUUUUGCAUAAUCAUGCUAUAGAAUGCACCUUGGAUUGUAUGGAAAUUUAGUGUGCACAUUGGUUGUUGUAAGUAGUAAUUUUAUGUUCUAGUUUAUGUGAUAGUGAAUCAUGGAUCUUUUAUCAGCUUGCAUCGCUGUAAAAGCUAUAUAAUUGCGUGUCCUUUUUA